AUGGGUGAGAGAAAUAAUACAUGCGCUGAGUGUGGUAAAAAGUUUAAUAGGCCCCUACUCCUGAUUAUCCAUCAGAGAAUCCACACAGGGGAGAAACCCUAUCGAUGCUGUGAGUGUGGGAAAACCUUUGCUCAGAGCCAAGCCCUUAUUCAACAUCAGAGAAUCCACACAGGGGAGAAACCCUAUCGAUGCUGUGAGUGUGGGAAAUCCUUCACUCAGAGCUCAGCUCUUAUUCAACAUCAGAGACUCCACACUGGGGAGAAACCCUAUCGGUGCUGUGAGUGCGGGAAAACCUUUGCUCAGAGCUCAGCUCUUAUUCAACAUCAGAGAAUCCACACAGGGGAGAAACCCUACGCAUGCUGUGAGUGCGGGAAAACCUUCACUCAGAGCUCAAGCCUUAUGAAACAUCAGAGAAUCCACACAGGAGAGAAACCCUAUCGAUGCUGUGAGUGUGGGAAAUCCUUCACUGAGCAGUCAAGCCUUAUUAAACAUCAGAGAAUCCACACAGGAGAGAAACCCUAUGAAUGCUGUGAGUGUGGGAAAUCUUUCUCUCAGAGUUUAUCCUUUAUUCAGCAUCAGAGAAUCCACACAGGGGAGAAACCAUAUGAAUGCUGCGAGUGCGGGAAAACCUUCUCUCAGAGCUCAAACCUUAUUAGCCAUCAGAGGAUCCACACAAAGGAGAAACUCUGUGAAUGCUUUGAGUGUGGGAAAAUGUUCACUGGUAGUUCACACCUUAUUAGCCAUCAGAGGAUCCACACAGGGGAGAAACUCUAUGAAUGCUUUGAGUGCGGGAAAACAUUCACUGGUACUUCAAACCUUGUUAGCCAUCAGAGGAUCCACUCAGGGGAGAAACCCUAUCGAUGCUGUGAGUGUGGGAAAAGCUUCUAUCGGAGCUCAGCUCUUAUUCAACAUCAGAGAAUCCACACAGGGGAGAAACCCUAUCGAUGCUGUGAGUGUGGGAAAAGCUUCUCUCGGAGCUCAGCUCUUAUUCAACAUCAGAAUAUCCACACAGGGGAGAAACCCUAUCGAUGCUGUGAGUGCGGGAAAAACUUUGCUCAGAGCUCAGCCCUUAUUACACAUCAGAGGAUCCACACAGGAGAGUGA